AUGAAUGUGGAAAUCGAGAAUUCAAAAGUUGCGAAUACUUCAGAUUUGAACUGUUUAAAAAACUCGCGUGGAAUCAUAAAUUACAACAGUACAUUUUCAUUCAUAGAGAAAAUCAAACAAAAUCGGUGGCUCUGUUCUGUUGUUUGCUGUGUUACGGUUUUUUGUUGUGCGACUCCGUAUAAUAAUUGGGAUGGUUUCGCUGAGUUACUCUACAGAGAUGGAGUAUAUAGAUGGCACUGUACAAGUGAUGAAUUAACUAGAUCUGAAAUUUGUAAGGUACAACGCCGAAAAAUUGAGCAGCUUUUUUAUUUUGCAAGUGGAGCUGAAUACUCAGUUGGCGUUAUUGCAGGUUUUUUAUUUGAUUUCUGGGGUCCUCGUUACUGCGGUUUGACAGGAAUGUGUAUACUAUUUUUGGGAUUAUUAGCGCUUAUUGUCUCGUCACAAUCCCUUCCACUUUAUAUAUUGUCUCUUGUGUUGAUGGGAUCUUCAACGAAUAUUGUUGGAUUUCCUGGACUUAUUGUAGGCAAUUUGUUUCCAUCGCACAAAAGUCAUGCCUUAACUCUUUUAAUGGCAUGUCAACUAGGCAGUUCUUUUAUUCCUGUUUCUAUGAGAUUAUUUUGGAAAAAAUUUAUGCCUAAGAAAUCUUUAUCGACAAUUUUCAUUUUAUACACAUGUUUUAUUUUUUCUCCGUGCGCUAUAGCUUACUACUUAUUUUUGCCUGGUUACCGAUUCGCACGUUCACUUUCACAAAACAGUGAACAUUCUACAAUAGUUGUAGAUGACCAAGUAAAUAAAAAUGAAGCUUUACAUGAUUUAAAAAAAAGGACAUUAGAUAGAUCAAUUGAGAUACAGCACGACAAGAAAACUUCUAUAAGCUUACAAGAAGGUUCUGAAUUUUUAAAAUCUAUAAUAUCUGAAGACGAAGAAAAACUAGAAAAAGAUAUCUUAACAGUUUCCUUCAAAAAAAAAACUAUGCCUUUUGAAUUAAAAGGAAGUUUGUCCCAAUUGAAACAGGAACUUCUUACGUGGGAUAUUCACAUUUUCACUAUAUAUUAUAUCCUACAAGUCAUUCAAUUUUUAUAUUUUCCCAACACAAUAGAACGAAUUUAUGGUAGAGAAACUUUAAGUAUUGCAGGAUACAUCGCUUUAUUUCAAGUCUUUUUUGGCGUCGGUGUUGCUUUUAUUGUUAAUUACACUGGAACUCUAAUGCUAUGCGGUAUCUUGGUAUUGAUUAAUUUUAUUAUUUAUUUUUCCGUCCUUAUCAAUUCCAAAUAUUAUAUUUUCCUAAUAUUACUCAAUAAUUUAGGUUACUCCUUUAUUUUUACUUCGAAAAUAACGUUUUUAUCGGAUACCUACAAAGAAAAUAAUAUAGGUCAGCUUGUUGGGUAUGUUAGCUUAACAGCGGGAUGUGUAACUAUUUUGAUGGGGUUUUUAUCAUCAAUUUUGGAAUAUGUAGCAUGGGCUGGGAUUUUUUUAGUUUUAUCAUGCUUAUGCUUACUGUUACUUUUUAUUCUAUGGUGUCGAGCUUCGACAAGGGUGAAGUUUUAAGCUUUUUUGAACGAUGUCGUCACAACUAGAGUGGAACGAUAAAAGAUGGACAUCCAUUUGUUCUAUUUUUAAAAUUGUUGUAUGGUCUAUGCAGAAACGUGCUAUCAACGGGCUUGGUAUAUACCUAUUUAUAAC